AUGGGUUUCCUCGGCAUAUACAGGGCUCUCUACGACUACACGCCCCAGGCCGAGGGCGAGUUGCAGAUUGCCGAGGGGGAUUUGCUCUACGUUCUGGAGAAGAGCUCCGACGAUGACUGGUGGAAGGCCAAGAAAAAGGCAUCUGACGAGGAUGAUGAGGAGCCCGUUGGCCUGAUUCCGAACAACUACGUCGAAGAGGCACAACCCCAGACUAAAGCUCGCGCUCUGUAUGAGUACACGAGGCAAACGGACGAGGAGCUCUCGUUCCCCGAGGACGCCCAACUUACCGUUUUCGAUACCUCUGAUCCGGACUGGAUUCUAGUGGGGCAUGAUGGAGAUUAUGGCUUUGUCCCCGCCAACUACAUCGAGAUCGGAGAGGGAGAGGAGAAGGGGGAGGAUGCAGAGCCGCCCAUGCCGACGCCCCCUCCGCUCCCCGCCCGCACACCAAGCGAUGUUCAGAGCCCACCCCUCCCCGCGAGAAACCAGGUCCCCUCCGAGCCUAGCACCCCCGCUACGCCCGCCACACCCGCCGCUCCUCUUGCUCCUAACCCUGCCACCAUGAUAGCAGGCAUGAUGGCCGCUCGGUCCGGCUCAUCACAGCAGCCCCCGCCCCCGCUUGAGCUCUCCUCCCGACAGCAGUAUGCCGACGAGGACUCCGAGUCCGAGGUCAAGUCCCCUCCCCUUCCGGCACGGCCACGUGGUGACUCCCGCGUCUCGGCGGCAGAGUCUGCGCGCCCCUCGCCGCCGCCAGAACAGCGCAGUCGUGUUGAGUACGACGCCCCUCAAACUCCGCGCACGGCUCCGCUCACCCCGGGCGACUUUCACAUGUACAACAUCAACGAGAUGGUGUCGGUCAUGGGGAAGAAAAAGAAGAUGCCGACCACUUUGGGUAUCAAUUUGAGGACCGGUGUUAUCCUGAUCGCUCCCGAGUACGCCCAAGACGGUCCGUCAAUGGAGUGGACAGCUGAUCGCAUGACGCACUAUUCUCGUGAGGGCAAGCACGUGUUUAUGGAGCUUGUUAAGCCGAGCAAGAGCGUCGACUUCCAUGCGGGAGCUAAAGACACCGCGGAAGAGAUUGUUGCCAUGCUCGGCGAGCUCGCCGGCGCCGUUCGUGCCGAGGGGCUGCGCGAGGUCAUCAUGGCGGGUACCAAAAAGUCAAUACAACAGAAGAAGGGCGUUGUCAUGUACGACUUUGAGGCAGCAGGAGAUGACGAGGUCACAGUCGGCAUCGGGGACGAGGUCAUCAUUCUGGAUGAUACCAAGAGUGAUGAAUGGUGGAUGGUCCGACGGGUGAAGAACCAAAAGGAGGGUGUCGUGCCCAGCAGCUAUAUCGAGGUUACCGGCAUUCUCGACACGCCCGUGACCGCUGCUGCCUCUGGUGUCAACGCAGGCAAGUCCACGGUCGAGCAGAAUCGGCUGGAGGAGGCUCGGCUCGCCAAAGAGGCCAUCAAGGCGGGCCAGCGGGAGGAUCAGCGCGAGAGAGAAAAGGCGAAGGCUUCAGAGGUAGGCCCUGGGUUGCUUUUGCCAGAGCGGAGUAGCAGUCUGUCAGCCAGAAAUGGUAACACCCAGCGGCAACAGCGAAGCAGGCGCGAGAACGGCCGGCCCGAAGCCUCGGGCUCAUCCAAGUCGAACGUAAAGUCGAAACCUGAUCCUUCCAAGGUCCGCACAUGGACGGAUCGCUCCAAGUCCUUCACUGUUGAGGCGCAGUUCCUAGGUAUCAAAGAUGGCAAGAUUAAUCUACACAAGAUGAACGGCGUGAGGAUAGCCGUCCCAAUCGCUAAGAUGUCGCUCGAGGACUUGGAGUACGUCGAGCGGAUAACCGGCAUUUCUCUGGAUGAAGACAAACCACUCUCCGAUCUUAAGAAGCGGGCAGUGAGUGAGGCUUCCCGGAACGGUUCGGGCGUCAAGGUCGGCGCUUCCAUUCAACCCAAAAAACCCGAGUACGACUGGUUUCAAUUCUUCUUGUCGUGCGAUGUUCAACCGGGCCUCUGCGAGCGAUAUGCCCAAGCCUUUCUAAGGGAGUCGAUGGAUGAGAGCGUCCUGCCUGAUGUCGAUGCCACGGUCCUUCGAAACCUCGGCCUGCGCGAAGGUGACAUUAUAAAGGUGACACGGUUCCUGGAUGCCAAGUAUUGCCGGGGUAAGAAGGCUACCGGAGGCGAUGAUGAAGCGGCUGGCGGGCUGUUUUCGGGUCCGGGAGGAGCUCUGCGCAAUAACACUAGGAAAGGACGGCCUGCGCCCCCGGUUGAGACAAACAACACGGUUGACGCAAAGGCUCUGUCUCAGCAAAAAGAUUCCCCUGUGAGUGAGAAGAAGACACCGUCUCCUACGUCGGCGACGACUCCCGCAAGUUCAAAGCCGGCCAGCGGAUUCGAUGACGACGCCUGGGACGUGAAGCCGUCCAAGGCCCCUGAACCAACUCCGCAGCCGUCAACGACCCCCACCGCGACAUCUGCUCCCGCUGCGCCGCCCGCUGCGGCCCCUGCUACUGCUCCUACACCUACCCCUGCGAAACUCACAGGGUCAAUGCAGGAAUUGUCCCUGCUCACGCAACCACUAACCCCGGAGAAGACCCAACCCCCGGCUCCAGCUCCGCCAGCGCUGAACCUGGCGCCUGCUUCCGCGCCCGCGCCCGCUCCUGCUCCCGCUCCUACCUCAGCGCCCGCGCAGAUGAUGCCCCAGGCUACCGGCGCCACCCCGGGCUUCUUUACCGGCCUGCAGCCGCCGGCUGUUAACGGUACGCAACAGCAACAGCUUCCGCAGGCCAUUGCCCGCCAACGACCCAUGGCGCCACAAUACACUCAGGGCCAAGGCGGCCUGAUGCCCCCACCCCCGCCGUCACGGCCGCUGUCGGCGCCGCAGUCGGCACAGCCUAGCGCGUUUGCGCCUCCGCCUUUGCAGCCGCAGAUGACGGGUUAUCAGCCGCAGAUUGCCCCGCCGGGACAGAGCCUGAGCGAGAUAGCCCAAGCCAGGUUGCAACAGCAGUAUGCGCAGGCUCAAGCGAUGCAGCAGCAACCUCUCAUGCCGAUGAUGACGGGCAUGCCUGCCGCGGGCCAGUUUAUGGGUCCUCAGCCGACGGGCCAAUUUAUGGGUCCCCAGCCGACGGCAAUGCUCAACGGGCCGAUGCAGAUGGGCAUGCAGCCGCAGCCCCAGGGCUUUGCUCCCCUCGGCGGCUUCCCGCAGCAGCAGCAGCCUCCUCAGCAGCCACAAUUGGGCGGCGCUGGUGGCCUGCCGCCGCCGCUUGAGCCGCAGCGGACUGCUGUACCGGGGCCUAUGGGCAUGGGCAUGAAUAUGGGUAUGGGAACCGGCAUGAACAUGCAACAGCCGAUGAUGCCGCCUAUGCCGCCUAUGCCGACUGGCUUUGGGAACGCGGGCGGUCCGCAGGCUCCCACGCAACCGCUUGUGCCGCAAAAGACGGGGCCGCCGCCGCCCGUCAGGUUCGGAGUUACCGAAGGCGCGAAGAAGUUGUCUCCGCAGCCUACAGGCAGGAGGGCGAAUCUGGCUGCUGCGACGCCGGAUAAUCCGUUUGGUUUUUGA